AUGCGCGUACUGUUAAUUAUCGCCGCCCUUAUUCAUGCCGUGUCUGGCAAUUUACCUAUGCAAGACGGUGACAUCUUGCAGGCCAAUUUGAAAUUGGAACGUCUGCCUCAGGAACUCGUUGCUGACAACCAGAAUAUCAACCGAUCCCUUCGCCAACAUGAGGAGGAUGAAAUCGAGCAUCCGCGUGAAGAAAGAGGUGGACUCGAGAAGAUGGACGAUUUGAUAACAAAAGUGGACGACGCUGUGGGGAUGACGGGGAAGAUAGACGAUAUAGUGGGGAAGACGAACAAGAUGGACGACGUGUUGGUAAAGGUGGAGAAGCUAACACCGGCAAUGCGGUUGAAAAAUGUGGUGGAGGCGGCCAGAGAGCGCUCAGGACUUGUGACGAAGCUCUCCCAGCACUACAAAGAGGCCGACGAACUGAGCCUCACAACGCUGAGACAGUUACAAAAAGUCGAAGAUCAAAUGGAGAAUGAUGGGGCGUUGUAUAGCAAGUUGACUGGUGAAGGAAUGCGCAGGAAGAUUGAGCCCUUUGAGGGAAUGAAACUCCCUCCGAAGUAA